AUGUUGCCUACGUCACAACUGCUAAUUUUGCGCGGGGAGAAAAGGCUGAGAAGGGAGGAUUUGUUACACACAGGCCUUAUGAGGAUAGGCCAUCCUGUAGUAGUAGUAGUGUGUAUCAUCCUUGCUGAUGUAGAGCACAUAUGCAAGUCGGCCAUAUUUGCAGAUGCAAAUAUACUAGGCCCGUCAAUUUACAUCAAGAGGCCGCAACGAGAUACGUCCUCAAUAAGCUCCAGCUUCAAGCAUUUUCAAACUAAUCCAGGCAAAAGCAACUGUUCUGAUGAUGAUGUUCUAAGUGAAACGUUCACAGAACCAAUAGGCACUUUGGAUCGAAAUUAUUUCUCUAGAAAUAAGUUUCAUUUUGAAAAUCCUUUGGCUAGCAAUAAUAUUGUCAAUGAGGAAAAGAAUGAAGACAAUAGACCAAUGAGAAAACUUAGCAAUCAGAGAAGUCAAGACGCCCAUAAAGAUGUUAUGGACGCCAUUAAAAGCCUAGAUAGGGUUUUGUACUGAAUCAAUUACCAUCAAUAAGACAUAUUCAUGUGUGUUUUUCCUUAGUAUGUAUUGGUAAUAUAUAUAUAUAUAUAUAUGUUUUUUCAAAU